UAACCUCACUAUUUUCUCUCAACUAUAAAUACAAUACUGCUACUUCACUUCCACUUCUCUCUCUACUUAACAGAACCUGAAAAUAAAAAAUAAUUAAAAAAAUGGCGGACUCACUAUUAUCGUCGCCGGAGCAAUUCUUGAAACAGUGUGAACAAUCCGGCGAUGCUGCAUACGCUGCGUUUCGGUCAAUACUGGAGCGUUUAGAGGAUCCGGUUACUCGAUCAAAUGCUCGAGUUUUUCUCGCUGAUCUUCAGAAAUACGUCGGCGAUUCCGAUCAAUGUCUUACUAAGUAUCAUUUUCGGAUCCAGGAUAUUUUCUUGGAUCAAUAUCAAGGUUAUCAGGGGAGAAAGAAAUUGACAAUGAUGGUGAUUCCUAGCAUAUUUAUCCCUGAGGACUGGUCCUUCACUUUUUACGAGGGACUGAAUAGGCAUCCUGACUCAAUCUUUAAGGACAAGUCAGUAGCUGAGCUUGGUUGUGGAAAUGGAUGGAUAUCCAUAGCUAUUGGUGAGAAGUGGUUGCCUUCAAAGGUGUAUGGUCUUGAUAUUAAUCCUCGAGCAGUAAAGGUUUCUUGGAUAAACUUAUACUUAAAUGCUUUGGAUGAAAAUGGUCAGCCCAUAUAUGAUACGGAGAAGAAAACUUUGCUGGACAGGGUAGAGUUUCAUGAGUCUGAUCUACUUGCUUAUUGCAGAGAUCAUGACAUUCAAUUGGAACGAAUCGUUGGAUGCAUUCCCCAGAUCCUCAACCCAAAUCCAGAUGCAAUGUCUAAAAUGAUUACAGAAAAUGCAAGUGAAGAGUUUCUGCACUCAUUGAGUAACUAUUGUGCACUUCAGGGGUUUGUUGAGGAUCAGUUUGGCUUGGGUCUGAUUGCUAGGGCUGUUGAGGAAGGAAUAGCUGUCAUCAAGCCUAUGGGGAUUAUGAUUUUCAAUAUGGGAGGGCGUCCAGGACAAGCUGUAUGUAAACGCUUGUUUGAACGGCGUGGAUAUAAUGUUAACAAGCUUUGGCAGACCAAAGUAAUUCAGGCUGCUGACACAGACAUUUCAGCCUUAGUUGAAAUUGAGAAAAACAGUCCUCACCGGUUUGAGUUUUUUAUGGGUCUUUCUGGAGAUCAGCCCAUAUGUGCUCGAACAGCUUGGGCCUAUGGGAAGGCUGGUGGCCGAAUUGCUCAUGCUUUGUCAGUUUAUAGUUGUCAACUUCGUCAACCUAACCAGGUUAAGAAAAUUUUCGAUUUUCUUGAGAAUGGUUUCCAUGAGGUCAGCAGUUCAUUAGAUUUAUCUUUUGAGGAUGAUUCUGUUGCUGAUGAGAAGAUUCCUUUCCUAGCUUAUCUUGCUAGUGAAUUGAAAGAGAGAUCAUGUUUCCCGUACGAGUCACCAGCUGGAAGCAUUUAUUUCCGUAAUCUAAUUGCAGGCUUUUUAAAGAUAUACCACCAUAUUCCUCUGAAAUCUAAUAACGUCGUCAUCUUUCCUUCAAGGGCUGUUGCAAUUGAGCAUGCUCUUCGAUUGUUCUCACCUCGCCUGGCAAUUGUUGAUGAGCAUCUAACGCGGCACCUACCUCGAGAGUGGUUAACAUCUUUAGCGAUUGAGGGCACAGAAAAUUAUGACCCUUCAAAGGAUGUUAUUACAGUCAUUGAUGCACCAAGACAAUCUGAUUUGAUGGUAGAGCUGAUAAAAAAGCUUAAGCCGCAGAUGGUUGUUACCGGGAUGGCUCAGUUUGAGGCUGUGACUAGUUCAGCUUUUGCUCAGCUAUUAGAUAUCACUAGAGACAUUGGAUGUCGUCUUUUCUUAGACAUAUCUGAUCAAUUUGAGCUAUCCAGCCUUCCCAGUCCCAAUGGAGUCCUAAAAUAUCUUGCAGGAACCCGUCUGCCUUCACACGCUGCAGUCCUUUGUGGCCUUGUAAAGAACCAGGUAUAUUCAGAUUUGGAAGUCGCUUUUGUCAUUUCAGAAGAGGAAGCAGUUUUUAAGGCCUUGUCCAAGACGGUAGAAGUGUUAGAAGGAAAUACUGCACCAAUCAGGCAGUUGUAUUAUGGUCGCCUGUUUCAUGAGCUUCUCGCUUUUCAACUUGUUGACCGACGUUCACUUCCAGAGAGGGAAUGUGAAAAAACCAAAUCGGUUGAGGCAAUUGGUUUUGCUAGUUCUGCUAUUUCAGUCCUCAAUGAUUCAGAAUUGUCAAUAAGUAAGGAUGAAAAGUCUUCUUUGAUUCAUAUGGACGUAGAUCAAAGUUUUUUGCCCAUCCCAUCUCCUGUGAAGGCAGCAAUAUUUGAAAGUUUUGCAAGACAGAACAUGGCUGAAUCAGAAACUGACGUCACCCCAAGCAUCAAACAAUUCAUUAAGAGCAAUUACGGGUUUCCGACUGACAACCACAAAGAGCUUAUAUAUUCCGACUACUCACAAGCUCUGUUUAAUAGAUUGAUCCUUUGCUGUAUCCAAGAAGGUGGAACAUUUUGCUUUCCAGCCGGCUCAAAUGGAAACCAUGUCUCUACUGCCAAAUUCUUAAAAGCUAACAUCGUGAGUAUCCCUACUGACUCCGUAUCAGGUUUCAAGCUGACCGAUAAGCGACUUAACGAAGUACUUCAUAGCGUGAACAAGCCAUGGGUGUAUAUUUCCGGUCCAACUAUUAACCCUACAGGCUUGCUUUACAGCAACAAAGAGAUGGAGAACAUACUAGCUACCUGUGCUAAAUUUGGGGCAAGAGUUAUCAUUGACACUUCCUUCUCUGGAUUGGAAUUUGAGGAUUGGGGCGGUUGGAAUUUGGAGGCAACUUUAUCGAAGUUGAAUUCCACCAGCAAUUCUUCUUUCUGCGUGUCGCUGCUUGGAGAGCUGUCUCUGAAGCUCCAAAGUGGAGUACUGAGAUUUGGUUAUUUAGUCUUUAACCAUUCAUUUUUGGUUGAUGCAUUUUAUAGCUUUUCAGGGUUAAGCAAACCUCAUAGCACUGUUAAAUAUGCUAUAAAGAAGCUGUUGAGUUUGGAUGAGCAGAAAGCAAGAGAUCUGACCAAUGCUGUUGCAGAACAAACUAAAAAUCUGAAAUCCAGGUCUCAGCGCAUGAAAGAGACGUUAGAAAAAUGCGGGUGGGAUGUGCUCGAGCCACAGGGUGGUGUUUCCCUGAUUGCAAAGCCCACUGCAUAUCUAAACAAGGUCAUUAAGAUCCAGCAUUCACCGGAAAACAGUGUGAAAAACGGUACUACCUAUGAAGUCAAGCUUGAUGACUCAAAUAUCAGGGAAGCUAUCAUCAAAUCGACAGGUUUAUGUAUCAACAGCGGCUCAUGGACCGGAAUUCCCGGUUAUUGCCGAUUCACAAUUGCCUUGGAAGAAAGCAACUUCGAGCAAGCAUUGGACUGCAUACUCAAAUUUAAGGAGCUUCUCAGUAACUAACUACAGGGACCUUUAAAAACCUUGCAUUUAUCUAAUUCAGUACUGUGAAAGUUUGGUUUCGUGAAAUAAAGCAAAUCUUAAAAUUCAACUCGCUGAACUCUUGUAAUUAGUACAAGUUUUCAUUACUUUAGCGCGAGUUAUAUGCUGAGUCUGCUAUUUCUGUGACUUUGUAGGUCACAAUGUGGAUUUGUUUCCACUUUGCAAAAAGCAAGAGUAGGUGAGGAGUGUUUUGUCCACAUGAUGAUCCUUUUUGUUGUAAAAUUGAGUUCCUAUAUAAUUUCCUUCUACUUCUUCA